AUGCAAUUCAAGAUGAAAGAAUUAUCCACAGCCCUUCUGGCGCUCUUGUCACCUCAAACUGCCAGUGAACAGACUUCAACCUCUGUAUCCAUCUACCAGGGUGCAAUCACCAGCAACGCGGCCACACUUAACAGUAUCUCCCAACAAGCAGCAAGCAGCAGCGCAGUACAGCGCGCGAGCUUGGUCUGUAAAGCCAGUGAGAUCGUCCUCGGAUCUGAGUCCGUAAUUUCGAAGAACGAUACUUUGUAUCAGCAAGAGAAGAAUCAGCCUUGGUCUACAACAUGUUGGCUCCCGGCUGCAUGCUUCAUCAAACCAAUAAGUGUACUGGAAGUUCAACUGACACUCAGAAUCAUCACAAUUCUGCAAUCAAGAUUCGCUGUUCGCACUGUCGGACACAAUCCCAAUCCUGGAUUCAGCAGUGUAGACGAGUCGGGCGUGGUGAUUGAUCUCAGGCAUUUGAAUAGCGUGGUUCUAGCGCCUGAACGAGAUGUUGUCUCCGUUGGACCAGGCGCGACGUGGGGAGAGGUAUACGACGUUCUUGAGAAAGAGGAGUUGACUGUUGUUGGUGGACGGGUGUCUGAAGUUGGUGUUGGAGGAUUGUUGUUGGGUGGUGGGAUGUCGCAUUUCUCGAAUCGAUGGGGGAUGGCCUUUGAUAAUGUGAAGAAUUUUGAGGUUGUUCUCGCAAACUCGGAGGUCGUCAAUGCAAAUGCGAACGAGAACCAAGAUCUCUUCCGGGCUUUGAAAGGAGGCGGACCGAACUUCGGGAUUGUCACUAGAUUCGACCUGUACACGCACCCAGACUACAAGGUCUGGUAUACGUUCAAGAUGUACAGCGCCAAGGAAUCUGAACGUGUCUUGAAAGCCACUGUUGAAGUGCAAAAGGCUAUGGAGACCGAUGAUCGUAUUGGUUUCUUCCUCACUUGUACAGGAGACUUCUUCGUGGCAGGCAUGUUGUACCUGGGAUGGACAGCUUCGCCAGUGACUGCUUUCAAGACGUUCGAUGAGAUCACGCCAGUGAUGGUUACCGUGCCAGAGACAAAUGGGACAGCAUCUUCAGUUGCGGCAGCUGUGAGCAUGAAUGAGGCUGCAAAACGCGAAAGUGGCACCUUGACUGUUCUUCCAGAUAUAGAUUUUUAUCUGGAAUUGCAGUCCAUUCUGCAGGGGAUUAAGAGCUCCGCAGUCACGUCCGACUCGUACUCUCUAGUUUUUACCUACCAGCCAGUUGCGAAAGCUUCUGUCAGGGAAGGUAAUUCCUUGAAUGUCUCCCCUGUGAGUCAAGCAUGGCUAGCAAUAGCAGUGACAUGUACAGAAGAAUCCGAAAAUGAGCUAGCACGAAAACAGAUAAGACAGUUGAUCUCGGGGAUCGAAGACGCAGCCGAAGCUCAUGCGCUCGACCUGGACUUCAAGUUCAUGAACGAUGCUUCUUACAUCCAGUCCCCGCUGCGAAGCUAUAGCCAUGAGAGCUUAGAGCAUCUACAAGCCACUGGACAGAAAUGGGAUCCGAAAAGCGUUUUCCAACGACUUCAAAAUGGCGGUUUCUUGCUUUCCAAGGCAUGA